ACAAGGGGAAUCGAAUCCCACCACCACCCACCACCACCCCACUCACUCACCACCACCUUGAAGGGCAUCGCGUUAGCGAUGAUCUCCGCCGUCGUUCGCCUCUCGCUGCGUGCGGGGCCCCGCGGCGUCGCGGGGGCAGCCCCGAGGUGGGCCGGUGCCAAAGGGGGGCCGCAGUGCUGGCGCGCCGGGUCGAGGGACAUCGCGGGCUCGGCCACGUGGAGGGGGAGAGCCGAGGUCCUGUCACCUCUGUGGAAGCAGCAGCAGCAGCAGCAGCAGCUACGCAACCCGAGCCCGAUGUGCGCGCGCUUCCUGGCGGACAGCGCCACCGCGGACGCCUCUGUGCACGACAGAGUGAUGCAGGUGCUGAAGGCGUACGACAAGGUGGACCCGCAGAAGCUAACGCUGGAGUCUCACUUCCUGAAAGACCUGGGCCUUGACAGCUUGGAUCAAGUGGAACUCAUCAUGGGCAUCGAGGAUGAGUUUGGUUUUGAAAUCCCCGACUCGGACGCAGAGAAGCUGCUCACGGCUAAAGACGUCAUCGCCUACGUCAGCAAGAAGCUCAGCGAGUAGCACGCCGGGGUGCGGGCGACGGCAUCACCGGCGCGGCUUCCGGUGGUGAAAAUCGUCGUUGGCUCCGGCGCUGAACAAGACGCACCUUUCACUAUUUAAACAAUAAAAUCUGAACGCGAGAAAGCAACGGG